GCCGCUUCACAAACAACAUCAUGGAAUAUUCUGCACUCAACACCAACUCUACCGACGCAGUUCCGAGAAAAUUUGACAUUAAAAGCCUAAACCAGGAAGAAUUGAUCACAGACAGCAGCCUUUUACCUCGGUUGCCAUGUGGUCACCAUAUACCUCCUGAUUACCUGAUUGCGUGGAUCCGAUCCCAGCUUGAACACAAACAUACUGAAUUCACCUGUCCAAGGUUUGUCCAACCAAAGCAGCGGCUCUGUGGUGCCAGCUUCUCCUAUCAUACGGUGUGUGAGCUGGUUCAGCUGAAGCCAAAGACACAACAGUAUUUUGAAGAAACAAUUUCAGCGCUCACUGCCUUGACAUUGUGUGACUACAAAAAAUGUCCAGGUUGCCAUUCUUACGUGGAGAGAGCAGAGCCCAAUAACCUGUGUGUACAGUGUUCCAUCUGCACCUCUAACAAGCUUCGCAUCUACCAGUUUUGCUGGCUCUGCCAAAGGGAGUGGAGAGGACCCUAUGCCAAUGCCAAGCACUGUGCCAAUGAGGGCUGUGGGCAGAGCAAGGUUUCUCAAGGAAAUUCCACUUCAUCUCUUGAAUGGUGCCACCAUAAUUUCAAGACCAGGACACUUCAGUCAGAAAAGGAUGAUAUUUACAUGUCUAUGGACAAAUCUGAUAGCCGAACACGCUUGGCUCUACUCAUCAACAAUGUGGAGUUUGAGCAAGAAAGUGACAGAACAGGAGCUGAGGUUGAUGAGAAGAACAUGAGGAUCCUACUUGAAAACUUGGGAUACACCGUGCUCAUACUCAGGAAUCUGACUUCUCAGGGCAUGGAGGCUGCUAUGGCAGACUUCUCUCAGAGGGGGGAACACCUCCAGUCAGACAGUUGUUUUGUGGUGAUCAUGUCCCAUGGAACUCAGGAGGGGAUCUGUGGUGUUUCCUAUGGUGACGAUCAGGAGGACAUCUUACCUGUGGACUCCAUUUUCCACCAUCUUAACACUCCAAGCUGCCCCGCACUGCGCGAUAAACCCAAAGUAAUUCUCAUCCAGGCUUGUAGAGGAGUUUGUCCAGGGGAAAAAGGAGAUGUGUGGGUUGCGGACAGUGCCCCUAUCUCUAGGCGCAAGAAGGAGCACCGUGAGAAAGACUUCAUCUGCUUGAGAUCCUGCACUCCAGAUACUGUGUCAUACAGAAAUACUAAGACAGGUUCAGUAUUCAUCCAGACCGUUGUGCAAACACUUAAUGAGCAUGCCCAUGAGGACCACAUCGAAGAGCUUUUCAGGAAGGUAUUGAAGACAUUUAAGAACAGCUACCCUGACCAGAUGCCAUGCAAGGAUCGGACUACUCUCUCAAGAAAGUUUUAUCUCUUUCCAGGACUGUGAAUGGAAUUCUCAAAAGGAUGCACAGCCAUUUGGCAUGGCACUGGACUGGUCAUGAUAUUGUAUCUUUAACACAGUUUUUUUUAUUUAACUAGUAAUCAGUACCAUCAUGCUGACUGAAAGAAACAUCACAUCCAACGUGGAGUCUGCUUUUGAGUGUUGGAGUGUAUUCUAAUUUUGCACAAUUACAGACAUCCUGUGAACAUUUUAUUCUCUAAGUUGUCAUAUUACAAGAAUGUUGUAAACUGUACUGUAUUUUGCAUAAUCUAUGCAGAUCAAGUUCAUGAAAAUGUUCAGGUCUUAUGUUACGUCCCUAGCUGUUUUUGUGUUCCUGCUGCUUUUCUGUGUAUUUUUCACACUCCAGCAGGGGGCUUAAUUGCUAGACCAGCCCUAUAUAAGGUGCUGGUUGACGUCACUCUAGAGGCCGGCUCGUUUUUUAGUUCAUCACUGAACACUACC